AUAACCAUCAUCAUAUAUCUUUAAUUUAUCUCCAACUCCGUCUUCGUCUCCAUUUCAAAGUACAGCUUUGUCUGAAUACUUGAUUGAUCGCCAUGGACAAACUCGUCAAAGCAGACGUUACAGAACUGAAUCUCAUCUUCACUCCACCCCAAAAAUCAUCAGCCACCUUCAAGCUCUCAAAUCUUAUGCACGCCAUGCCUGUGGCUGUUAGCCUUACUUCCACUAAUUCUCUUCUCUUCUCUUUCUCCCAAUCUUUUGCUGUUCUUAAGCCCUUAUCCACGGCUUCCUUCACCGUUUUCUUGACUCGCCCCGUUGAUCGGAACCCUCUUUCUUCCCCGUCUGAUUCCGUUCUUGUUCGCUCCGUUUUGUUCCCCGCCGGAAAAGCCACCCAGGACGAUCUCCGUCAAGUGUUUUCAAGACCCGGGCCGCAUAUUUUCCGGGAUGCUAAGAUCCCAGUGAAGUCUUUUUGCGGAUGGGUCACCGGGAAUGGGGACUUAAACCAGAACAAGACUCCAUUCGAUCUCGCACGUGAAAGAAACCAGUCAAGCCUGUACGGCGCGUUGAGCUCCGGCGAGGAAUUGCAGAGAGCCGCCCGGAGCGGCGACGUGGCGGCGGUGAAGAAAUGUUUGGCGGAGGGGGCUGACGUGAACGGGAGAGAUCAGAAUGGGUGGACUGCUCUCCACCGUGCUGCGUUCAAGGGGAGAAUGGAGUGCGUUAAGGUGUUGGUGAGCCACGGGGCGGAGGUUGACGCGGUGGAUGAUUCCGGCUACGCGCCGCUGCACCGGGCGGGGGAAGUUGGGCACAGAGCGGUGGCUCUGUAUCUGAUCGCUCACGGGGCAAAAGCGAAUCUGAAAGGGAUAAAGGCUAAAACAUUGGUUUCCAAAGAUUUUGAUUGUUAUUUGAAGAAUGACAGUACUUCAUUACUUGUAAAUUUCAAGAACCUAUCCUAGUACUUUCAUUUUUGUCAUCAAUGAAUGUUGUGAAUGUUUGCACCCGAGGUAAUGGAGAGGUUGCUCUCACACGUUGCUGGUGAGACUCAAUACAAGUCUUUCAAUUCAUCUCUAUGAUCAAUUAAACUGUAAGUACGGACAAAUUGUCUAUAUACUUGUCAAAGAGUUGAUUUGAUAAGCUUGAGUACUUCAAUUGAGUCAA